AGGAUGGAUGGAAUAUCUGGGGAAGGGGGGGGGGGUUCCGGCUUCGACAAGAGCCCCCAGUGGAGAACCAGAUAGUGUAGAAGAAGUGAAUGGAAAUGUAUAAAGUGUAGAAAAAUAGUACGAUGAGGUAAAGCACUGGUAUUAAGUAUGAAACGGAGUUUUGAACUUGAUCAUGAAUCUAGUUAAGCGUGUAGUUCACAUGACACACAGUCCCAGUGUCUUUGAGCCAGUGGGAUUAGGUUCCAUUCAGACAGCGUGGGUGGAUGUGUGGGUGGAUGUGUGUGUGUGUGUGUGCGUGUGUGUUUCUUGUUGCCGGCUAACACACUUUCAGAGUGAAUGAAACUGCCAGGAAGAGUGAACCUUCAAUCGCUUUCAUGUUGCUUUAAAUCAAGGAGAGGAAGCCAAUCCGGAAAAAAUGGGCUCUUUUCACCGUAAUGAAGAGGACGACGAGUCCUUAACCAAAAUGGAAUCUGAGUCUCUGGUGCAGAAAUUCAAUGAGGUGGAGACCGGAAUUACAACCGUGAUUGCUCAGGCAGAGGCUGAGCACUGUCAAGAAUUCUGUCCAUCCAGCAUCAAGCACGGCCUACUUCAACCUCCUUUCCGUAGAGCAAGUCCUAAAACACUUAGGGAAGGGGCAAGGAGGCAAAAAGAGUUCUCUAAAUUUGGGCGCCCACCCUGGAGGACUAGCACAAGAAAGAAAUCUCUAAAAGUGGAAAAGGAAAGGCGGGCCCCCACUGAGAAACCUUAUGGCAGUGUAGCGAGUUUCAGUUUCCGGAAGUUUGAAGUGAGCUGCUGCUCCGAUAUUUACACCAGUGCUGGAGGAUCUCCACAGCUCCGUUCUCACUCAGACUCUGUGUACAUUUAUGCUGAAAGCAUCAAAGGUUCUAUUUCCUGUUCCAGUGUAUCACAAGACUGGGAUUCGACUUGCCUUUAUACGGAGACCGAGAAAACCUGUGACGUCACGCAAGACCCCGGAUCUGAGACUGCAAAAAUAGGCAGUAGCAUAGAAGCCUUGUUCGGGUCGGAUUCUUCCUGCGAUAGCGAGUCUAUAAGAGGUGACGGUGACUCGGAUUCAAGCUGCCUUAAUGCAGACUGGGAGCACAGCUUUGACUCCGACAGUGACUCAUGCAACUUCGCCUACAGCUUUGCUGAGGCACAGUGGGGUUCUACCUCAUCAUGUUCAGGCUCUGCUGCCUCUGGUUAUAUCACUGACUGCGAUUUGGAAUCCUCAUUCUCCACCACAGAACAAUAUGGUAGCUCUGCUUCUGGCAGUCAUUUUGAGGCAGGACACUGUGACUCAGAAGCCAACUGUUUUGAGGGAGGAUACCAAAACUUGCCAGCCAGCCGGUACAAACCAGGACACUGUGAUUCUGCAGGAAGCCAUUUUGAUGCAGGACUCUCUGUCUCUCCUUUUGGACAUUUCAAGGCAGGACAUUUUGAUUUUCCAGUUGGCCAUUUUAAUGAAAGAGGGUCUGACCCACCAGUGGGCCAUUUUGAGAAAGGACAUCACAACUCACCAGCUGGGCAUUUCAAGGCAAGACUCUGUGACUCUCCAGUUGUCCAUUUUGAGGCAGGACACUGUGACUCUCCAGUUGUCCAUUUUGAGGCAGGACACUGUGACUCUCCAGUUGUCCAUUUUGAGGCAGGACACUGUGACUCUCCAGUUGUCCAUUUUGAGGCAGGACACUGUGACUCUCCAGUUGUCCAUUUUGAGGCAGGACACUUUGACACUCCAGUUGGCCAUUUUGAGGCACAGCACUGUGUUUCUCCAGUUGUCCAUCUUGAUGCAGGACACUGUGACUCUCCACCUGGCCAUUUUGAGGUGGAACACUGUGAAUCUCCAUAUGGCUAUUUUCAUGAAAGAGUGUGUGACCCACCAUUAGGCCACUUUGAGGCAGGACUCUCUGAUUCUCCAAUUGGCCAUUUUGAGAUGGGGCACUGUGACUCUCCAGAUGGCCAUUUUGAUAAAAGAGGGUGUGACUCGCCAGAUGUCCAUUUUGAGGCAGGACAUUGUGACUCGUCAGACAGCCAUUUUGAGGCAGGGCACUGUGACUCUCCACUUGGCCGUUUUGAUGAGGAUACCUGUGACCUGUACAAUGCUUUUCCUCAGAGUAGUGAUGCAGUCUGUUAUGGAGGUCAAGAGCAAGACUACCUUUUUCAUUUCAGCGACUCUUCUGAGCUAACAUGGAGGAAACUACAGGGUGUCGUGACUCAUCCUGAUCGUUAUCGCAUUGCACCGUUUUUCCAUGAGAUGAUGAAAGAGACAGAGCAGGAUCGAAAUCAAGAAAAAGUAAAGAUAAACAAAGGCUUUCUUUUCCAUCCUCAAAGGUUUUUACAGGCGAAAAACUCCGAAUAUCGGGAAGGCCGGGAAUAUUCCAUGCUUCGCCACGUACAGAACGGAUCGUACGGGGAUGUGUUUAGCGUCCGUGACAAACAAACUGGCUUCACGUGUGCUGCCAAAAGGAUUCCUCUAAGCAGUUUCAGCUGGGAGGAAGUGGGAACAUGGAGCAGGUUGGACUCGCCGCGUGUCCUUCAGCUUUACGGGGCUGUACGUGACGGCCUCAAUGUCGUCCUCUUUAUGGACCUUAAAACAGGCUCGUUGGCUCAGCUCCUAAAAUCAAGAGGUCAUUUCCCUGAAGAUUUAGCUCUUUAUUACCACUGCCAGGUGCUGCAGGCUCUGGAACAUCUGCACAGCAGAAAGGUGAUUCACCUGGAUGUUAAAGUGGACAAUGUUUUGCUUUCGAAAGACAAGAGGGAGUGUUUCCUGUGUGAUUUCGGAUUAUCUGAGAUGCUGGACCAGAACGGAUACAGCACCAAGACCUUUAGAGGUAACGGUCUACGUGGCACAGAAAGCCACAUGUCUCCCGAGGUGGCUCGUGGAGAUCCUCGCUCAGACAAAGCGGAUGUCUGGAGCAGCUGUUGUAUGUUACUGCACAUGCUCAGUGGCCAUCAGCCAUGGACACGCUACUACACACACCCACUCUGCCUGAAAAUCGUGAGUGAGCCGGCUCCUCUGUGGGAGAUUCCUCCUGGCUGUGACCCCUUGACCUGUGAUGUCAUCAGAGGGGGAUUGGUCAAGGAGCCGAGAGAGAGGGACUCGGCCAGGGAGCUGCUGGAGAAAAGCAGCCGAGCUCUGCGAGCAGUAGGUGGCUUCUUUGAUCCUGUCCAAUCAGCCACGCAUAAUCUGCCCCGCCCCCAGAUCUGCCCACCAAUACCAUCAUACAACGUUCUCCCCAAACCGUCCAAUUCAGCAGAGCUCUCCGGUCCCAGAAUUCAGUGGGUGAGCGGGUGGAGAGAUCGAGCAGCUGAGGAAGAUGGGACAGAUUCGGAAGACACAUAUGAGGACAGCGACGAAGGGAUGGAUGGGUCGGGAAGGGAUGGAUGGAUGGAGAAGCUUUGGGGGUCGAGAAAUGAAUACACGCUCUCUGAAGAUGAGAAUGACACCGACGGAGAGACCAAGCGCUCUUCAGCAGCUGUAGGGAUGAGGACGGCAGAUGAAGGAGACAGUGAUGAAGAGGUGGAGAGUGAUUUGGGGAGUUUGAGGGAGCUGGGCAGCGAGGGCGAGUGGGAGCCGUUUCACCAGCUGCAGAUCCUCUGUGGCUCAGAGUGGCAACACAGUGAGGAUGAGUGGUCAGAAACGGAGGAGGAGUGUGCACCCUCUGUGGAGACAAGUUUAAACUUGUGUGAGCGAAACUCCAGGUUGACUCUGGCCUGUCAUCGUAGCGUCUGUGCUUCGGACGCCGAGCUCACUGGCAAGGGCUCGGAUUGGUCGGAUGACUUGAGCUCCGGCGUGUUCUCCUCUUACAGCAGCCUCACAGACGAGCGGAGCUUCAACGUGGAUUGGUCCGUCUCCACCAAUCAGCCGCCUUCGUGCAGCUUUGAAGGCCUCGGGGUGGAUGUCUGGGUGGAGGAUGUGAGUGGAGACACUUUUAGGAUCAGAGAGAGAUUAAGGGUGAAGCUGGGUCAUGUUGCCGUCGGUAUAAGCGCACAGAUCUCCAUGAGAGCGUUCAGUUUAUCCACGCUGGAUGGGAAGCUUGUCUCUCCUGACACCGAGGUUCUGGAGUCGCGCAUGUGGCUGCUGUGUGUCCCUGCUCCAGACAACAGCACCCGCUGGACCUGGAGGAUCCGAGACGGCAAAAUGGAGACGCAAGAGGCUGACGGACUGCAAUCGGACACCUGCUCGACUCUAGCAGCCUGAUCACCACGGAUACUACAUUCCCUUUCUUCGCUUCGUUUGUUUUUCAGACUGGAGAACGAGUGCUAAGUGUUAAUUCAAAUCAUUGUUUGGAUAAUUGACACAGUUUCAGUUCUUUUUUCCAGAGCAAACAUAUACCACAGACUUACUACACAACUAUUGCUACUGUACACCCUCUGGUGCUUGGGAGAUGAAUUGCAAAUCCAGUGACGAGCCUUUCCCGUUACUUAGCAUAAUGUUUUGGGUUUUUUUUAAAGAAAACCUACUUUUCAGGAGCUAAGCAGCUGUAUUAUCGCUGAGGAUAGACUUUUUUUUCUGGGCCAGAAAUCUGUAAAAAGUAAUAAAAAUCUGUAAUAAAAUAAUCAUUUCUAAGAUUGUAAUUACAUCUUGAGACUCAAGGCGUCUUUAAGAUUGUAUGAUCCUUACAAGUCUGGAAGCACUUUUUAAUUUUACCGAAAUCAUCUUCAGUUUGUUUAGACGGAGGACGUUAUUUAGGAAGCUGGAGGUAAUAUUGUAAUAUGCAGGUACUAAAGGUAUUUUGCAGGUAACUCCUGCACCAUUUCACUUCUCAUUGACUCUACUGAUUUGGAUUUUAUCUCUUCUUUUUGCACGAAGAAGUUUUUUUUGCCGGCUACACAUUGCACAGUACUUAUGAUGAAGCCCAUUUCAAAACAUGAUGUACACUACCUAAUAAACAUGACUAUAAAUUUGCCAUGGAAAGUAUAUUGAACACAAUGAGAGACUCAAUAACUAAACGAAUUAACAAAGAAUAUUUUCAGUCUGUCUUUGUAAAGUGAAGGCUUUUCCAAAUAAUCUGUUGAAAGCUAUUGCGAAGUUUGACUUAAAGAUGGACUAUACUGCUUCACGAGCUCAGCAAGAAAUAGACCGGAACUAAAUCAUCCUGAGCUUUAAACUUUCUAUUGAUGAGUAACGUUCAAAACAGCUUGAAUAUGACUGACAUAAGAAGCUCUAGCUUUCUUUAUCUGAUGAUUAACUUUGAAGCUUCAAAGUUUCUGCUAUUAAUACUGUUCAUGUUGCGUAUCGUAGAUCCCUAACUAGUCACGCCGAGUCCGUACUAUAAUCCGAAAUUCUGGGAUUUUGUGUCCAACUUUUGCUCCAACGUCUCAACUAUUUCUCACCGAUGUUUGAGCUAAUUCAUUUUCUUUCCUUCUUCAAUGAAAUGUCAUUGUAGCAGCACUAGCAUUGCUAUAGCGUUGUCAUGUUGUGUCGUCAGAGUGGCAUCCUUCUCACAGGACUAAUGUAAACUUAUCAUUAUGUAACAAAUUAUCACCAUAUUUAAUUAAUACAGCAAACAUACUUCAAUAUGAACAAAUUUCAGAUUCGGAGUUGUGUUUUAAUAGUGUGAGGGAGAGAGUAAACA